UAACCUGGCUAGCUCGCUAGUUUGUCGUCAGGUGAGUAAUGUCUGGUAGAGGCAAAGGUGGUAAAGGUCUGGGGAAGGGGGGAGCCAAACGACAUAGGAAAGUGCUGCGCGAUAACAUCCAAGGUAUUACGAAACCUGCUAUUCGUCGUCUUGCUCGCCGUGGAGGUGUAAAACGCAUUUCUGGUUUGAUCUACGAGGAAACUCGUGGUGUGUUGAAAGUAUUUCUGGAAAAUGUUAUUCGUGACGCUGUCACAUACACGGAGCAUGCCAAGCGGAAGACAGUAACCGCCAUGGACGUAGUAUAUGCUUUGAAACGCCAGGGUCGUACAUUGUACGGUUUUGGUGGUUAAAUUCGACAUGUGAAUUCUUGGUUGAGCAACACUGCCCUGUUAAGGGCCAAUAUUUUGAUGUAUAUACUGUUACUUUUCAUUUGCUUAUUAUUGUCAAUGUAUCUUGUAUUUAUAGUAUUGCUUUUAAAACUUAAGGACUUAG